CUUAACAGUCCAAAUACACACUGGCUUCCGAUGAAUUCUCAACUUGUGACUACUCUCGAUUCGAGAGCCACUUAGAGGCUCUGAGAACUGGUAAUGAUUUUUUUAAACUACACUUUGAAAUGAUAAAAUUACAGUUGGAUAAACAAAGUGAAAUUUUACAAAGGUUCGAGCAAAAAUUCAAUAAGAUUCCUCAGAGAUUAGAGAACAUAGAAAGUAAUAUACGGGGAAAAAUUAGGGAAAAUUUAGUUGAAACAAGUGACUUCAUAAGUGAACAAAGCCAAAUGAUGCAUGCAGAUGAUAAAUGGCGCAUGAUCAGUGACAUCAAGGAAAUAGUGAAAAAUCUAUUCGAUAGCUUUAAUGAAAAGCUUAAGAAUGUGGAAAAUAUGUUGAAAAAAGCCAGUUGGGAAACCAGUACACGUCAGCUGGUUGAUAGUAUAUCCAAGAAAUUAACUUUAUUACAAAAUAUUGAUAAGAAAUUAACAAAUGUUGAUACUAUGACAAUGGAUCAAAAUAGAAAUCUACAGAAAUAUCUAAAUCAAACUGACGCAACCAAGAUUUGUCACGAUACCGAUGAUCAGACAUUAGUUUGUACCACCAAAACAUAUCCUACCAGUUGUGCUGAAUUUAAUACAUAUCAUUGUGCGAAUAACAAAUGCCGCAUAUACAAUCAGCUUUAUGGGCCAAAACCAUUUUGGGUUGCAUGUGAUAACAACAUCGAAGGUGGUGGUUGGACUGUAAUCCAAAGGCGCAUUAAUGGCUCCGUAGAUUUCUUUCGUGGUUGGUCUGAUUACAAGCAAGGCUUCGGUAAUAUUGAUGGAGAAUUUUUCAUCGGCUUAGAUAAAUUACAUGCUUUGACGACUACACUCCAACCCAUGGAACUGUUGAUACAACUAAGAGACUUUAACGAUACUGAGACGUAUGCCAAAUAUGAUGAAUUUGUUGUUGGUAAUGAAACAGAAAAGUAUAAAUUAAGUAAAGUAGGCGAAUAUUCUGGAAAUGCUGGAGAUUCCUUUAGCUUUCAUCAGGGUUAUAAUUUUAGUACUAAAGAUCAUGACAAUGAUCAACAUAAAAGUAAUUGUGCCGUCAAGGAAAAGGGUGCUUGGUGGUAUUCGAAAUGUUUUUGGAGCAAUUUAAAUGGCCAAUAUUACGGUAAAGAUGAGGCGGCUAAAAUUAAAAAUGGUAUUUGUUGGAAUGGUUUUAAGCGUUGUCAGCAUUCUUUAAAAUUUGUGCAAAUGAUGAUUAGACCUAGAAAAUAUAAAUAUGAUACCUAAUAAAACAAAUAAGAGAGCUAUAUUCGGCUGUGC